AUGUCAGAGCCCAGCCAGAGCGUGGCGGUGACAGUCCAGGUUUAUGGCGACACGCAAGCCAACCGCGACGAGGUCGUCCAAAGCAAGACGCUCCGCCUCUCACUCUCGCUCACCGUCUCGGAAGCCAUUGCCGAGAUCGCCCGACAGACACGCCACUCUCCCGACGGACGUGGUCUAUACCAGCCCAUUGGUCCUGGUGUGGUCGAACCGCGAUGGCUUGUGGAAGAUCAAAAGCUCUUUGGACGCGUCUCGGCAGACUCGGAGCUGUACUUUAAGCUCAAGAUGCGGAGAGUUAAGGUCCAGAUUCUCGGCGACAAGGCGACGGUGGUGCAGAUCGACGACUCGCUGGUCAUCUCGCAGAUCAUUUUCAAGGUCUCGGAGCAGAUCGGGCUCACCAAUCCGGAAGAGUACGGCAUGAAGCGACCCGAGGACAAGGAUGACUACUCCAAAUGGCUCCCACUCGACCGGACGCUCGAAAACGCGGGCAUCAUGCCGGGCGACGUCCUGCUGUUCAUGAAGAAGCUCUUCUUCUACGACAAGUUUAUCGACGAGAAGGACGAGGUCGCCCUCAACAUGCUCUACUGCCAAACUCGCGACGCCAUCCUCAACUGCUCACUCGAGCUGGAGUCCGAGGAGGAGGUCGCGCUCUUUGGCUCCAUCAUCUACCUUGACACGGUCGGCCCCUAUGACGACUCCAAGGGCGAACCCAAGCUCACCGACCUUUCCCCAUACGUGCCCAACAUCUCCAAGUGGCACAAGUCCAAGAAGCUCGCCGCUGCCAUCGUCCGCCGAUACAAGGCCCUCGGCGGGCCGACACUCAAAAAGUACACCUCGGCCGCCGGCGCUCCGGACCACCAGGCGUACCAGGCUGCCUACGUCAGCUUUAUGGCCCAGAACAAGUCUAAGUUUUGCCAAAUCGCAAGGACCAAGCCGCUCUACGGCUACGUCUACUUUGACGCCUCGAUGAAGCGCCGCCGCCGGCGCGCGCUCCGCAAAUCGAACAAGUUUGAGGCCAUGCCCGUCGUCCUCGCCCUCGGCCGCGACUACUUCCUUGUCCUCGACCCCAAGAAGGACCGCGAAAUCGUCAUUGAGCACCACUACCAGGAAGUCCUCCAGUGGCAGGGAACUGGCAACAAGCUCACCAUUGACUGCGCAGAGUACGAGGACUCGCUUCUCACUUUCCUCACCUCGGACGCAGAGCCCAUCGCCGAGUACCUCCGCUCCUACAUCUCGCUUCACCGCCGCCGAGUCGACGACCCGCUCGCUGACCCAGCCGCCCUCACCGGCGCCGACGAUGACGCCAUCGCUACAGGCGACGCCGGCGGUGCCGGGCCGUCCGGCCGCUCCUUUGCCGUCCGCCCGCCCGCAUCGGACGACGACGACGUCCCGCACGACAUUGCCGACGUCAAAGUCCUCAUCGAGGCGCUUCCGCUGGACAACAAGACCAUUGUCGAGGGCCCGCCGCUCGACGCACCCACCCCCGAGCACCGGCUCGUGGUCACCACAAAGACCAAGGAUGCCAUCUCCAGCCAGCUCGUUGAGGCCUCCAAGGCCUCGCAGGCCCUCCUCCUCGCUGCCCUCACCCCGGGACCGGACGCCGCGGGCUUUGACGCGGCAGACCUCCUCCGCGCUGCGCGCUCGCUCGACGACGCCCUCAACUCGCUCGUUGGUCAUGUCGGUACCGCCGCUGGCAUCUCGGAUAAGGACGGCGACGACUGCCUCGACGACAUGGCCAAGCUCGCCGCAAACUCAUCCGUCAUGGUCAAGGCCGCCACCGUCGCUGCCCUCGGUACUGCCGCCGGCGAGGUUGACACCAUCGCCCUCAGCGACCUGCUGGAGGCCUCCCGCGACGUCGGCUUUGCCCUCAAGAACCUCCUCGGCUCCACCCAGGUCAUCGGCACCGUCAACGACAUUCCCGAGCUUCCCGCUAACAUGCUCGACCUCCUCGCCGCUGCCGAUGCUGUCGCCGCCGCCCUCAAGGACAUGACCGGCCUCCUCCCGCGCCUCUCGUCUACUGAUCCUGAUUCGCCCGAGGCCGCCGUCGCUGCGGAGCUCAGCAGCCUCUCGCUCGAAGGCGACAAGCUCCGCUCCACCCUCUCGCUCGCCGCAGUCGCCUACGCCGACGACGACCAGCUCGCAGCCAUGGACUCCAAAGUCGAGGCGCUCCGUCUUCGGCUCGCAGCGCUCGACGACCUUCUCGUCACGCUUCCGCCCGGCGCCGACGACCUCCUUGCCGCCGCCGCCGCCGUCCGCGACGCCCUUGCCACCCUCAUUGACGCUAAGGACUCGGUCGUUCACCCUGCAGACCGCUCUGCCGAAGUCGAGGACGCCGCAGGCCUUGUCAAGGCGGACGUUGCUGAACUCAUCGCCCUCGUCUCGUCGGACAGACUCAAGAAGAAGCGUCUGCUCGUCGCCAUGAAGGGCGUCGCCAACGACGCCGCCCGCCUCGGCCUCCUCGCAGACCUCGAGGCCCAGUCGGUCAUUGAUUCGGAGCUCCAGAAGUCGCUCCUUGCCGCCGCCAAGGACCUCUCCGAGGCCAUGAUGAACCUCAUUUCGGCUUCCACCUCGCUCUCCAAGUCGCUUGACUCGGAGAAGAAGCGCGCAAAGACGAUCACCGCCGCAGCCAACGUCGGCGACUACGCCUCCCAGUUUAUGAUGGUCCGCACUCGCAUCGCCGCCAUGAACACCCUCGUCGCCGCCUCCAAGUCCACCCUUGCCGCCGUCGAACUCACCGUCACCGAAGCCGCCCUCGAACUCAACGACAUCCGAAACCAGUCGCGCAAGGCCGACCUCGACCGCGCCAUGACCGCAGUCACCGCGCCAGCAGACGCACUCACCCACGCGCUCUACGUCUUCCUCGCUGCGCCAAACGACUCGGCCUACCAAGCCGAGCUCAUCUCGUCCGCAGGCACCGCCAUUCGCAAGUUCACCAUCCUUGCUCAAGUUGGCAAGGCCGCUGCUGCCCUCUCCGACGACUCCAUUUACCUCCUCUCCGCCGCACAGGCCCUCGCAGACGCCCUUGCCACCCUCAAGGCCUCGCUCAAGGAUGCUUCCACCGCCUGCUGGCAGCUCGAGGUUGACGACGCCCUCGCCAACAUGCGCGAGUCGAUCGACGACGUCACAGGCGCCCUAGCCGAUCACGCCGCAGGUACCCUUGCCCCAGAGUCCAACGCCACCCAGCAGUCCGCCCAGGACGAGCUCCUUUCCAACCUCACCUCCAUGGCCGGCUUCAUCGUGCUCACCUCUGCCGCCGUCCUCGACGCCCGCGCAGCGGAGCUCUCAUCGUCCAUCAAGGCCAUGGCCGACGAGAUCCAAUACCUCGUCGAUGCCGCAGAGGCUGUCGCCGUCAACUCGUCGUCGUCCGCAACCACGAGCGCCUGCCUAGUUGCAGGCAAGGAUGCCGCAGAUGCCACCCUCGCCUUUGCCCUCGUUGCAAAGGCUGGCAUGCUCCACAACUCGGACCCUCAGCUCGCCCACAAGCUCGACGCCACCGCUACUGCUCUCUCCGCUACCCUUGUCGCCCUCCGCCAGGCUCUCCCGGGCAUCGGCACCAUCGACGUCGCCAUUUCUCAGAUCGAGGCCGCCGCCGCCUGCCUUGAUCCGCGUGCUCUCCCGCCCGUCGAUGCCGACGACGUCUUUGAUGAUGCCAAGGUGGAGCUCUCAGGCGCUGUCCGCGCCCUCGCUUCCGGCCUCCUGCAGCUCCACCCGGCCGCCAACGAGUCGCCGGACGCCCUCUCCCACGCUGUCUCCACUGUUCUCGACCUUGUCAAGUCUGUCCUCGCCCUCUCCAUGAACUGCGCCGCCCUCACCUCGGUCUCCACCGCCCGCGCCUCCAUUGUCGCCUCGGCCCGCGCUGCUGCCGAGUCGAUCGUUGCCGCCCUCGCCGCCACAAAGGCCUACGCCUGUGACUUUGACUCUCCCGACACCGCCACCGCCCUCCGCGCCGCUGCAGACUCAGCGGCCUCGGCCCUCGAGGUCCUCCUUCGCGCCCUCGCCUCGGGCGAGAUGGUCGAAGGCGAUUCAGUCGCCGCCAACUGCGAGCUCGCCGCACAGCGCAUCGAAGCUGCUGCAAAACGCCUCGUUCUCGACGAGCUGCCCGACGGCGACGAGGCUGCCUUCAAGUCGGCACAGGCUGAGCUCCUCGGUGCCGCCAAGGAGCUCUCGCAGGCCACCGACCAGCUCGCCCUCUACGCCAAGGCAGGCAAGGCCAAGAAGACAGGUGCUGCAUCGGUUGAGCUCGCUGACGUAACCGUCACCGUUGUUGACGCGGUCCUCACCGCCGCCGCCUCGCUCCCGGGUACCGGGCCAUCGGGCCUCUCACCAGCCGCCUUCAAGCCAGCCGUCAAGGACUGCCUCGACGCCAUUCGCACCAUGAUCCAGGCUGACUCGGCCCACAAGCCCGACAAGGCCCUGCUCAAGACCGUCGCCGCCGUCGGCCGCGCCGUCAUGGCCCUCGCCUCUGCACUCAACGACAAGGCCGAACUCGUUGACGACGACGCUGUCGUCAACGAGAUGGCAGUCUACGCCACCGCCCUCCAAAAGGCCGCCCGCAAGCUCAUUCUCGCUGCAGGCGCCUACGUGCCCAAGCGAGACGACUCGGACUUGCACUCCAAGUUCCUCUCGCGGGCCAAAAAUGUUGCCGUCAAGUGCACAAAGCUCAACGAGUUUGCCAAGAUCCGCUUUGCCUCAACUGGCCGCGCCUCGGCCGCAUCCUCCUCGGCCGCUCUCGCUCUCGCGCUGCGCCAGCGCGAGAUGAUCGACGCCUCGGCUGCGACUGGAGACGCUGCGUUGACAAACCCGGACUCGGGCAGCCUCUCCAGUGUUGCCCUCGCCGCCUUAGGCCCGGCCGCUAGCCUCGGCCAGCUCCCGCCAGGCGUUGCUGCCCAGCUCAAUCUUCUCUCGCUCGCCGCCGAGCUUGCCGACGCCCUCGGCCACCUGGUUGGCGCCGCCAAGAUGUCGACGGCCGCGCCCGACGACGCCUCCUCGUCGGCCAUGCUCUCAUCUGCCGCCGCGCCCGUCGCUGACGCUCUUGACGCGCUCAUUGAUGCCACCCGCUACGCAGGUCCGGGCGAGGCCGCUUGCGAGCGCGCCAUUGCCACAGGCUCGACCGUCGUCGCCAAACUCGCCGACGCCGGCCUCAACAUCUCGGUCGGUGCCCUCGCGCUCGCUCCGAGCCCCGAUCACGGACUGCAUGUCAACGACCUUCUUGUGGCUGCUCGCGAGCUUUCAGACGCUCUCAACGCUCUUGUUCUCGCCGCAGGCACCUCGCCCAAGGCGCUCGCUACCGCCGGAGACAGCCUCGCCGGUGUCGUGGGCAAGUUUGGAGCCGCCGCACUCACCGUCGCCACCACUUCGGCCGACGUUGCGUCGGCCGCCCAGACCCUCCGCCUCGCCAAGGACGUCGUGGAGCAGGCAAACUCGGUUUGUAGCGCCGCCCGCGACGCAGGAGGCGACCCGGAUGCUCGUGGCGCGCUCAAGGCCACCCAGACCGGAAACGCGCUGACCCUUGAGACGCUCCAGGCCCUUGUCGACUUUCUGGGCUCGCUCGCGGCGUCGGGCCACGACUGCGACGUUGCCAUCGUCAACAUCGAGAACGCGACCCGUGCCCUUGACCGCAAGCUUGCCCCGCCGGCCACCAAGGCGCACAAGGAGCUCGAGCGCGCCCUGCGCGCUGCCGCCAAGCGCCUCGUCGGCGCCAUGGCCAAGAUCGUCCACGCCUCCAAGGACACGCCCAGCGAGCUCGGCGCCGCCUCCAAAGACGCUGCAAAGAUCUUCCCAGACCUUGUUGCCGUUGUCAUCGGCGAGUCGGCGCUGGUGGCCGGCACCGACGCUGCCGCAGCCCUCGACGCCGCCAUGCGCUCACUCGCCGACGCUUGCAUCGGCCUCGUCGAGGCUGCCAAGGCCGUCGAACUCUCCCCAAAAGACGCUGCAGCCAAGGCUGGUGUAUCGGGCGCCUCGGAAGCCGUCACUAAGGACAUCACUGGCCUGCUCCUCGCCUCCAAGGCUGUCGGCGCCCUGCAAAAGGAGUCGGAGGAGGCCAAGCGCGUCAUCGAGGAGGCCCUUGUCGAGCUCUCCACCUCGCUCUACCUCGCCUCGAACGAGCAGCUCUACGUCCGCGCCACCCAGUCGUACAAGUCGCACGAGAACGCCAUCGACGCUCAGUGCAAGACCGUCGCCCACGCCGUGUCGGAGAUGCUCAAGGCUGCCGACGGCCCGCUCGCUGCUCUCGGCACCAUCGCUCUUCACUCGGCUGAGGCCGUCAAGCACCUCGUGCUCAUCGUCGUCGCGGCCGCUUCGGGCCUCGACGCCGCCGCCCUCCAAAUCCCACUUCUCAACGCCGCCAAGGCCCUCGCGACUGCCUUUGUCACUUUCAUCGACGCCUGCCAGGCCAACGGCGAGGCCUCUGGCGGCGCCAAGAAGCACGCCAAGAAGGCUGUCAAGGCGGCCGCGAAGGCCGUGGCCAUGGCCAUCGCCGCCAUGAUCAACGCCGCAAAGGAGACCGCCGCGGACGCCAUGGCUGGCACAAAGGCGCUCCUCUCAGCGGCCGCCAAGAUUGCAAAGGCUCGCGACGAGCUCGCCGCCGGCGCUGCGUCACCCGCCGGCGCUCAUGGCUCUGUCUCGGGUGAGGAGCUCAUUCCGGCUGCCAAGGCCACAAACACCGCCGCUGCAAAGCUCUACUUUGCGUCGACAAAGGGCCAGGACGUCAUUGCUGCCCGUGCAAACGAUCUUGCUGCCUCUGCAGUGCCGCUCCUCGCCCUUGUCGCUGCCGCCGCCGCCGCCCCGGGUCUGCCAGACGCUGACGUCUCGGGCCUCCUCUCUGCCGCCCGCGCCCUUGCCGAUGCCCUGGCUACUCUUCUCGAGCGCAUGCAGGAUGUGAGCGCCGAGCCGAGUGAUCUCGCGCCGGCCUCGCGCGCCGUCGGUACUGCUGUCGCAGACCUUGUCGGCGUCGCCUCGUUCCUCGGUCAGGCACCCGCUGACCUCUCGGAUGCGCCCGCAGACGUUGCCGAGCGCGCACUCAACUCGGCCGCCGACUCGAUUGACGCCGCCGCCGCCCGCCUCCGCGAGCUCCAGGCCGAGCAGGCUGCGCUCGCCUCGGCCUCGGCCCGCUACUCGUCAUCGCUCCUCGGCUCAUGCCUCGGCAUGGCCGACGCCACCGCAGAGCUUGUCCGUGCCGCACAGCUUGCUCAGGCUGAAAUCGUGGCAUCGGGCGCCACUCACGACGGGGAAGUCUUCCAUGCCGACCCCAAGUGGGCUGAGGGUCUUGUCUCCGCCGCACGCGAAGUUGUCGCUGCUACCGAGCAGCUCGUCAUCUACGCCGACGCCUUUGUCAAGGGUGAUGGCGACGACGCCUACAUCGUCGCCGCGUCGCAGGUUGUGUCCUCUGCCACAGCCCACCUCGUCAUGGCCGCCCGUGCCAAGGCCGCCUCGCUCGUCUCGGAACCGCAGGUCCGUCUCGACAAGGCUGCCAAGGCUGUCAAGCGCGCCACCCGCGACCUCGUCUCCACCGUCGAGGCCUCUAUCGAGGACGACGUUGCCGACAACGGCAACCGCUCGCUCUCCAUCCGCGAGAAGUUUGAGCGCCAGGAAAAGGUCCGCCGCAUGGAGGAGGAGCUCGCCCGCCUCCAGCAAAACCUCAACAAGGCUUUGUACCCGCUCAUCUGCGCACCGUGUUCCGAGGGAUCGUUCUCGUACACGCUCUCUGCCGAAGCGUGCGUGGCGUAUCCAGCAUGCCCGGACCACACCCGACGCGUGUCCAAGGGCAGUACCUUGUUUGCCCCGCCAUGCGUGUGCAAGCCCGGGUACUAUGCGCCUCGGCUCGUACCGGAUGUGGCGUGUGUGGCGUGCCCACGCGGCGGCGUGUGCGUCGGCGACUCGCUGCGGCGGCCGUCUGCAGCGGCUGGCUACUUUGAUGUCUCCAACGUGACUGGCGCGGUACUGCAGCUGGAGGCGUGCCCGCGACCUAGCGCGUGCAUGGCGGACUCGCAGUGCGCCGAGGGCACGAGCGGUUUUAUGUGCCGGGUAUGUGGCAGCGGGUACUACACCGAUGCUGACGGCGAUUGUGCCAUGUGUCCAGGCUACGCGCGGGCGGCGUUUGCGACGUUUCUGGUGGCGCUGGCGGUGGUGCUGGUGGCCGGACUGGCAGGCGUAAUCCGCUUAACGUACCGACGUGGGGAGGAUAUGCGGGCCCUGGCCUCGCUGCCGCACGGAGUCAAGGCUGGCGUGCUGUUUGUGCAGACGCUUGCGGUCAUCGGCUCGGCGACGCUACUCAAAUGGCCCAGCGCGGUCUUUGCGCUCCUCAACACCUUUUCGAUUUUCAACCUCACCAUCUCGCUGGUGGGUGCAGAGUGCGUGCUCGGCGGAUUUGUCGAGACGUACGUGCUCUCUGUUCUGCUCCCGACGGCGCUUGUGGUACUGAUUGCUUUUGCUGCCGGAUGUGCGCGUUGGUUGUGUGGUAUGGGCCAUGUUCGGUUGGGCGCGGUUGUCCAGCGUGCACUCUGUGUCCUUGGGCCGAUGAUGUACAUCACGGCGGCACACGGCUCGCUGCUGCUGUUUGACUGCACGCGGCUCCCGUCGGGUGAGUACGUGCUUGACGCUGACGUCGGCGAAAACUGCUACGACGCGCAGUGGUACACAAUGCUCCCGUUUGGACUCUACGCAGUGGUCAUGUACGUCAUCGGGCUUCCAGCGUACGUGGGCAUUGCGCUGUGGCGGUCGCGGCGGGUACUGCACGAACCACAGAUCCAGAUCAAGCUCGGCAUCCUCUACCGCGCCUUCAAGCCGCAGUUCUACAUGUACGAAGUGUGGCUCCUCGGCAAGCGGCUGGUACUUGUUGCGGCGUCGCUGUUCUUCUCUCGGCUCAUGGUGUGGCUCAUUUUCCUGCUUGUGGUACUCUUUGCCUCGUUUGCCGCCAUCCAGCUCCGGCUCGCGCCGUUUCGCCUACCUGCUCACAACAGGCUCGAGCUUCAGCUCGACUCAAUUGUCAUUUUUCUUCUCCUCCUCGGGGCCUUUUUCUGGGCCGAUGACUUUCCCAAUCCUGUCUCCCACGCCCUCUUUGUGGUCAUGGCCAUCGCGGCCAUCUGUCUCGCGCUCCUGCUCGUGCUGCGGACCACACUCCGCGAGUUCCGCGGUCGGCGCAAGCAGGCGGCAGCAGUGGGCGUGGAGAUGGCCGAGGCCGGAGGCAGUGGCUCGGCGCGGAGCUUGUCGUCGGUGGUUUUGUUGUCAGAGGAACGCAGCGAGGAAGAGAGCGACUCGGCGUCGGUGCUGUCAGUGUCUGGAUAAAGCAGCGGUGCCUGG